AUGCCAUUAUUACGCCAAUGGAAACGUCUGGCGGAACUUCUGGGACAUAGUUGCUUAGCAAGAAAAGGUCGUCUUGUAGUAGUAAGAGAUCAUUUCACUGAUUUAAAUAAUGGAACAGAUUCAUGGCCAUUAAUAUCGUUUGGAUCAAGUCUAAAUUCUCAGAGUGUAUUAAUAAAUUUUCAUCUAACAUCCAUAUUUGAUCAUUCAAUAUUUGAAGCAUUUUCAAAAGUUAUACAAAAAUUAUCACCACAAUUUAAUUAUUUAGAAGAUUUGCUCAAUUAUCUUAUAUCAGCAUCAAAUAUGGAACAAGCAUUUUUAUUUGAUAUACAAACAAAAAUAAGUAUUGCAACUGAUUCAUCACCAACUGAUAUACAAAUGUAUGAAGUAUGCUGUAAUAUGAUUGAUUUACAAAUAAAUAUGAGUCAAAUAUAUGGACGAUCAAAUGAUAAUGUUUUUGAAGCUAUUGAUGAUAAUAUAAAUAAUGAAUCUCUUGUGAAUGGGAUUCAUGAAUCAAUGAACUCAUAUUCAAGUAGCUCAUUAAGUACAACACCGGUGAGAACUUCAUGUUCAUCAAUAACUGAAACGAGGAAUGAACCUACAUCAGAUGUAUUUGAUUCAAUGUCAUCAAGUGUUAUAAAGUUAACUAGUGGUCGAGCACUUUAUCUCAAAGAGAUUAAUAAUCAUCUAGCAUUAAUAUGUAUUUUACAUGAGAAAGCACUGACAAAACAAGCUAUUAUUGAAUAUAAUGUAAAUCAAUUAAAAAGCAGUAUUUUAGAUUUAUUUUGUUUUACUAAUCAAACAUCUACAUCUCUUGUAGUAUGA